AAGAAGAAGUUGCAUUAAAUUAUCACAAAAAACGAAAGUAAUUUAAUGACGAUGAAGAGUAGCGGAAUAACAAGCAUAUUAAUAAAAUUAUGGUUGUUACCGAUAAUUGUAUUGGGUCAAGAUGGUAUUAAUACUAAUAACCAAACAAGAAGCAAGCCGUAUCGAUUUGCAGUUCCGGUAAGAGAGUUAAAAGAAUUUGUUCAAUACGACGUUAAAUCGGGUAAUUUUACUGGUUUUUCCAUUGAUGUCUUCAACGCCGUCGUUAAAGAGCUGGGCAUGUUUCCGUCUGACUACACCUUGGAACCUUAUAAAUAUUCUGAUGGUGUUAUGAGAGCCACUUUUGAUGAUAUGCUUCAGGACGUCCAUGAUAAUAAAUACGAUGGAGCAAUUGGGGACAUAUCAAUACUAUAUGAACGGGAACAGAGAUGGGUUGAUUUUACAAUGCCAUACUUAGAUUCGGAUAUUGGCUUACUGGUUCGUCUGCCCGAACCCAACAAGCUUGGUUUGUCUUCUUCCGCAAAAAUAAUUCUGAUUCUAAGCAUCUUUCUUGGAUUUGCCAUUUUAAUGGCAACUUUAUUUUUGAUUUGGAAUCUAUGUUUUAGACACAACAAUCAUGCAUCCUCAAAGAUAGACGGCUUAGCUAAGACGACAUAUGUGGUGAUAAUACUACUCCUUAUGGUGUUACUUCUCGCAAUAUCUUCCUACAUGCCGCCCCAAACUUCAUCAAUAUCCUUUCCAUCAUCGUCAUAUGUUAGUGAUAUAAAGAGCUUGGAAGACCUAAAACGCAAAGAUGCACAAGUGGGAUAUCGACAAGGAGCUUUUGGAAAGAAUUUAUUGAUAAGUAAAGUUGGACUAUCUGAUUCACAAUUAGUUGAGUUAAGUUCAGAAGUAGAGAUGGUACAAAAGCUUCGAAAUGGGGGUAAAAAUGGUGGUGUUGAUGCUCUUAUUGCUGGAAUACCUUAUCUUAAGUUGUUACAAUCUAAACAUUGCCAACAGUUUUCCCUUGUUCCUGAUCUUACUCUACAAUCUACUGGCUUUGGCUUUGCUUUUCCAAAAGACCAAUCUGAAAGUGAAGGUUUAGUAGAUAAAUUCUCAGAAGCUAUUUUAAAGUUGGUUGACAAUGGAAAUAUUGCAAAUAUUCAAGCAACCACGAUUGGUGAUUUGAAUAACAUAUGUCAAGUCGUAAAUGGUGGGAAAAACAAUGGUUCCACAUUUCAAGAUCGUCUUUCUCUUUGGCUUCCCGUCUCAAGUGCCAUAUUUGUUGUCACACUCGUCAUUCUCAUCUUUCUUUCCAUCAUUCGUUUAAUUUCAUCCCAUUAACAACUCGAUUUCUCAUAUUUAGAUACUUUUUCUGUCCCUUUCAGUUAAUUACACCAUAAAAUUUAAAAAAACUUUUAUAUAUUUAAAUUUUAUAGUGAGUUACAGAGGGAGUAUAUAUGAACAAUUAUUGAUCAAUAUUCAC